UUUUUGUGGUUGUAAUUCAAAUUAAGCUUUCUCAUACCGUACGUCUUCAUUUUUCCAAACAAACCCCAACUCCUCAAGCAAGCAAUCAAAUCCACCGCCACCUGUCCGUUCUUCUCCGGUAAGACCCGACCCGACCCGACACUCUACAUGGAUCUUCCUCCCUACCACCACCACCACCACCACCACCGGUACGUUCAUCAACGCCCUCUCAACGUUUCCCAUAACCCUAAUUACUACCACCACCACCACCCUCCGCCGCCGCCGCCGACGCAACGGCCACCACCACCACUGCAGCCACAUAUCCACAAUCUCCGUCCACCACCACCGCCACCUCACCACCACCACAUCUCUUCCCAAUUCUCUUUUCCUUCAGAAAACCCUAGAUUCUACAAUUAUCCCCCAAAUCGCCAAUCCCCCCCUAGGGUUUCCUCUAAUUUAACCCUAAAUCAACCCCCUUACCAUUACCGUAACCCACCCCCUCCUUCUCCCAGGUUUAUUGUGGAUGAUUUUGUCUCAAAUCGUGUUAGUUCUGUAAAUGAUAACAAUCAAGAACCUGUUUGGGUUAGGAGAGAGAAUUUGGAAUUCAAUUAUGAUGAUGACCAAAGGCACCGUCUUGACAGGCGUAGAAUUAUGGAAAUCGAUGUAAAUGUAAACCCCCCGUCGAGGGAUUUUAGAUCGAGGAGUCCCCAGAAUUAUGAGUUGCGUGAUGAUAGGCGUAGAAUGGAUAUCGGUGUAAACCCCCCAUCGAGUGAUUUUAGAUCGAGUCACCGGAAUUAUGAUGAUAGGUUUGAAGGUGAGAGAAGGGAAUAUGGUGGUAAUGUUGAUGAGGUUUUGAUUGGUUCUAGUUCAAGGAGAAUGUCGUCGUUGGAUAAUGGGAAUGAUAGGUUUAGCAAUAGGUUAAGAGUGGACAAGGAGGAAAUUACUCAUUGGUCUCCACAGAAGAAGAAGAGUGCAUUACUGAGGAUUCAAUGUGGGAAAGCUAACAAUAAUAGGAGUAGAAAUCAGGAAAAUCAGGACAAUGGGGUAAGAGGAAAACAGAAAGAUGUGUUUGAGAGGUUGGAGAGAAAGGUUGAGGUAAGAGAGGAAAGGGAGAUGGAGCUUAACGUUUCGUUUAAGUCUAAUGCACUUGUGGCUAAGGCUAUUAUGACCCCGUCAAGCCCAGCCAUUGACUCGGACAGAAGUGAAACACCACCUAGAAGUAAGAAGAUUAGAAAAGUGAACUCUGGUUCUCCAAUGAAGGAGAGAACUGGGGACGAUUCGGAAAAGGGUGAUGGUUCAGCAAAUGAUUCUGGUCGUCUGUCUAGUUCUAACAAGGGGUCUAAAUGUUUGGCAGAUAAAAUUACGGUUUCUGCAGGUGGAAGUUCAUCUAAUAGCAAGUUGGAUUCUAACAAGGAUUCAAGCCAUUUGGUAGAAAAAGUUACAGAUUCUGCAGGUGGAAGUUCAUCUAAUGGUACUUUGAAUUCCAACAAGGCUUCCAGCCUUCUGGUAGAAAAAGUUACAGAUUCUGCAGGUGGAAGUUCAUCUAAUAGCAAGUUGGAUUAUAACAAGGAUUCAAGCCAUUUGGUUGAAAAAGUUACAGAUUCUGCAGGUGGAAGUUCAUCUUAUAGCAAGUUGGAUUCUAACAAGGAUUCAAACCAUUUGGUAGAAAAAGUUACAGAUUCUGCAGGUCGAAGUUCAUCUAAUGUUACUUUGAAUUCCAGCAAGGGGUCUAAGUUUUUGCCUUUUUUCAUAGUUAGAAAGAAGAAGACAGUGACUAAGAAGAAAGUCACAACUCCUUUCAAAGUUGGUGUUGACCCUGGUAAUGCCAUUGAUUCACGUCAGCAGGAUGAGAGUUUUGUAGAAUCGGUAGAGAGAAUUUCGUCUGAUGAUAUGACUACACUCAAUGAUGUCAAUGUGAAACUGCCUUCAGAUGAAGUAGUUAGCAAACUAGACAAACCUUCAAAACUGGCUGCUGUUAGUAAAGAUGAGUCCGUAGAGCAGUCUACUUCUGAUGGGAAGAAAGCGAGUCCAGCUAAAGUCUUGGUUUCUUCAAGCAUGGACUCUGAAAUUAAUGACGUUGCUGAUUAUACCGGCAGAUCAGUUCAGAGUGGCCCUUCCAUGUUGAAUUCUGAGCCAUGUAUGAUUGAAGUACAGAACAAACCUACUAGUUUUGAUGCGGAUAAUACUGGUAACGUUGGAGGGCAUUCUGAGGAUGGGCUCCGAGUGUCCGAAGAUGGUCCUAUUAAAGAAUGUUCUGAGGCCAUGGCUUGUGUAGAAAGAAAUGGUGAUGGUGUCUUGCCAAGCCUAGGUGGGAGAAAAACCCACAAGGAUGAAGUAUCUUCGUCAACUAAAGAUACAUAUGUCUCUGCUGAUUCUGACUUGGGGUUUUCUGAUGGGAAGAAGAAUGCAGUUGCUGCUAUGGGAUCCUUUGAAGCUGGUUCCGUGGAGCCAUCCAGUGACCCCAACAUUGUACCUCUGUUGACUAGUACCCAGGGAAGACUCAGAGAGAGUUUCUUGAAUGGAAAUGACAGUAGUUUUAAUCCUGACGAGACUGGGAGAGUUGCGGCUGUCAAUGACUUGCAAACUGCAGAGUGCUUGAGUAAUAGUGAUCCAAGUGCUGGUGCUUUUGGAGGUAGUUUUGAAUCUUAUGUUGAUGUAGUCACAUUAUCACCCGAGACGAGACAUGCUGCUGGUGACUUGCAAACUGCAGAGUGCUUGAGUAAUAGUGAUCCAAGUGCUGGCACUUUUGAUGUUAAUUUUGAAUCUUAUGUUGAUGUAGUCACAUUAUCACCCGAGACAAGACAUGCUAAUGGAUCUGACAAUACAGUGGUUUCUGUUGGAGAUGAUAUUAGGGUUAUUGUGGAUGAUGACUGUUUACCUAAGGUCACAAGGAAGAGGAAGAUUACGGAUGACGAGUCCGUUUUGCUUUCUACGAAGAUGAGUGAGACAGAGGAAAAUGAGGUUUGUUCUUUGCUAGGCCAAGGUAAAUUCAGUUGUUUGAGAGGAGAUCAUGCCUCUAAAGAAAAGGAGGUUACAGUUCCUGGUAAUGGGAGUGAUUCACUAAAGGGGGAUCGUUCACAUGGAGGGCCUUCAGAAGAGAAGCUGUCACUUCAGGAUUGUUUUAAAGAUGAUUCCAAUUCAUGUUCUAGAAAGAGUCCCAAGGAAAGAGAAGUUUCUUCGCCAGCAAAGGUUAAAUCUGUUCCCUGUGUUGCCACCCAUGAGGAACCUUCUAGCAUGCCAAUUACAGUGCCUUUGAUCAAUGAUGUUCCCGCGACAGAAUUAGAAUCUCGAAAUACAUUGUCUAAUGUAGAUGAUGGUCCACCAGCUCGUCCUUCAGUCACAAUGCUUGAGAGCAGUACUGCCAAGAAUGUAUGUCAGGCUGAGCCAUUUGAAGAUGACUUGGUGGAUCACUUUUCAGAUGUUCAGCAGGUCAUUGCUCACAAUUUUCAACUGGGAGCUGUGGGACAAGAAACUACAACUUCAGCUGUAUCCGUUGAGCCGCUUGGAAUGGCUAAUAGAGUAACUGAGGACAAAGGUUCUUCUCUUGGAAUAGAUCAAAAGUUGGCCUCAGAAUGUCGUGAAAGCCAUAAUUAUGUGCUUGACAAGGAUGAUAUACCUUUAUUGGCAGAUAAUCUCUCUUUAUUUGACAAAUCAAGUGUCAAAAGUAGGGAAUCUGUGUCUGUUAUGUCCCCACUGGGGUCAUUUCCUGAAGACUUACUUAAUAACUCAGCAUCUGAGGAACCUAAUUAUAAGUCAUCAAUGUCCAGUGAAAUUGUUUUUGCAAAAUCCCAAAAUGUUGAAAAUACUGUAACUGCUUAUGACCAUGUUUCUUCCUCGGUGCAGACAUCAUCAGACACUUCUGAGUUUGAUAGAAGUUCAGAUCAUAAAGUUGCUGGCGGUCCUCUGGUUAAUGUCAAUACUGUGCCAUUAUCAUCAAAGAAUACUGUAAAGUCCACCAAGAAUGUGAGUUCACAGAGUUGGAAGCCAGAUUUGCUUGCGAACCAGCAAAAUCCAGCUGGCCCUAGAGUUCCCUCUGUUCGCCCAUCGAGUUUUAUCACUUCAAGGAAUGUGCCCAUUUCGAAGAAGCCACUGACAUGGCAUAGAACUGAUAGUACCUCUCCCUCUGUUGUUGGACGAGGUUUGCAGAUGAACUCCCUACCUCCACAAAGCCAUUUACCUAAGAACGUUGCGAAAGUCACCUCUUACGUACGCAAGGGUAACAGUCUUGUCAGAAAUCCUUCUCCUGUUGGUUCCCUUUCCAAAGGAUACCAUGCUCCAAGUUCUUCAGUUUCCCGGUUGAACUCUUCUGGUGUGAAUGACCUGAAGAGAAAACCUGGGGAUAGGACUGAGAUAAUUGAUUCACCCAGCUGCAGGGGAACUCCAGAAGUAAAUGCUCCUUCAGAGAGACCCGAAACCCCGCCACAAAGUGAACCAUUUAGUUGCACUACAUUGAAGUCUACGUCUUUACCAGCUGUAGAUCAUCCUGGAAAUGGUGGUAUUGCUGCAAACUCAGAUCCUUUGGAGGUUACAGACAAUAUUUCGGCGGUGAAGCCUUCUGAGCAUCCAUCAACAUCUUCUGCACUUCCUGAAUGUCAAAUUGGUUUGGGAGGCAAUUCUGAAAGCCCGAAUACAUUAGAUGAAGGCAGUUCCAGAAAGAAUAUAGUUUAUGUGAAGAAAAGAUCAAAUCAGUUAGUUGCAGCUUCAGAUAAGACCCAGACUUCUUCUGAUGCCUACUAUAAGAGGAGAAAGAAUCAACUGAUUCGUGCAUCCAGCAACAAUCAUAUGAAGCAAAGAGUUGCCACGGCAAAGAAUAUAGUUCCAUUCCAAAGGGGUAUGAAAAGGCUGAAUGGUUUAGCCAAGACCUCUAAAUUGUCAAAGUUCUCAUUGGUCUGGAAAUUAGGUGAUACUCAGUCAUCAAGGAAAUCUGGCGGCACUUUAGGAUAUGAGAAACUUUGGCCUUACUUAUUUCCGUGGAAAAGAGCUAGCUAUAGGAGGAGCUUCCUGAGUUCCUCUUCAAGUGACAGUUCCUCUAUUAUCAGACGGAAGCUACUGCUCUCAAAAAAGCGGGAGACAAUCUACACAAGAUCAAUUCACGGACUCUCUUUACGAAGAUCUAAGGUGUUAAGUGUCUCUGGCUCUAGUCUAAAGUGGUCAAAAUCUAUUGAGCAAAGGUCAAAGAAGGCUGCUGAGGCUCUUUCGCAGGAAGCUGCGCUAGCAGUUGCUGAUGUUGACAGAAGGAAAAGGAGACAAGAUGGCUCUAAUGCUGACUCAAUGAAUGGAAAUAAUGUUUCUCGAGAAAGGAUAUUCCGCAUUGGUUACGAGCGGUAUAAGAUGGACCCUUCUGGGAAGACACUACAGAGGAUUUCAGAUGAGGAACCAUCGGUGUCAGUUCCGGAGGCGAAGAAAUCUUACAUCCCAAAAAGAUUAUUGAUUGGGAAUGAUGAGUAUGUGCGGGUUGGCAAUGGUAAUAAGCUGGUUAGAAAUCCAAAGAGACGAGUACGCAUCUUAGCGAGUGAGAAAGUACGUUGGAGUUUGCACACUGCUAGAAUUCGGUUGGCAAGAAAGAAACAGUAUUGCCAGUUUUUUACAAGGUUUGGCAAGUGUAACAAGGAUAAUGGAAAAUGUCCUUACAUUCAUGACCCAUCUAAAAUCGCUGUCUGCACUAAAUUUCUGAAUGGUUCUUGCUCUGACACUAAUUGUAAAUUGACUCAUGAGGUCAUUCCUGAAAGAAUGCAAGACUGCUCCUAUUUUCUGCAAGGAAUAUGCUCGAAUGAGAAUUGUCCAUAUAGACACGUAAAUGUGAAUCCAAAUGCCUCUCUUUGUGAAGGUUUUCUUAGGGGUUAUUGUGCUGAUGGCAAUGAGUGUCAGAAGAAACACACCUAUGUCUGCCCCGUUUUUGAAGCAACUGGCAACUGUCCCCAAGGUUCAAAAUGCAAGCUUCACCAUCCGAAAAACAAAAGGAAGGGAGUGAAAAGGAAAGCUUCCAGCGAGUUGAAGAAUGGUCGAGGUCGUUACUUUGGCUCUCCACAUGUCGACAUUAGUGAGCGCGUAACAGCUGGAUUAGAGAAACCUUCUGUCAAGGAGAAUAGUGACAUAUUCUUCAAGGAGGGGAAAUUUGUUGAUUUUAUUAGUCUAGAGGGUAGUGAUGAAGAGGAACAGACUAUUGACCAGAGAAGUGAACAAACACCACUUUGCGAUAGUGUUCCUGCGGAGAUGCAACUAGACGAUCUCGAUGAGCUUAUUAAACCCAUGCGUCUGAUAAAUAGGAAUAGGUCGGUAGGUUCAUCUGCCCACAUAGCUAGCGCAAGCGAUAUGACCACAAGCUAUGUAUCAGAGGAGUCUCAGACUCUCAGCAUUGUAAAUUAGGUUUUGUAGUUAGGUUUGUGUAGUUUUUUUUGUUUUUAAUCUCUCUUUUUUUUUUUUUUUCUUUCUAAAAUGUGGGUUGGGGAAGGGAAAAUGAGGGAGGGAUUACAAUGUGGGAAGGUGAAAGUUCAGGCAGCCAACCAAUGGAGCUACAAUGAUUUCCCUGUUUUUAAUUUUUAGGGUUUUAGUUAGUUACUUAGGUAUAGGUCUUAGGAUUAGGCAAUUUUUUGUUUUGCAAAAUCUGUUGUGUGAUAGAACAAGAAAAGCUGUUGUUAUAGAGAAUUAAAGGAAAUGAAAAUUUCAUCCUCUUCUAUGCA